AUGGCUCUUAAAUAUCAUCCUGAUAAAAACAAGUCUCCAAACGCGGAGGAAAAGUUCAAAAGCGUUGCUGAAGCCUACGAGGUUUGCUGCAGUUAAUUUACAACGCGCCACGCUAGGUCCUCAGCGAUCCCAAAAAACGUGAGAUCUACGAUAAAUAUGGCGAAGAGGGCCUGAAAGGGGGCUUGGGUGAGGCCCCUGGAAGGGGACAGUCAGGAACAUACGUUUUCCACGGCGAUCCCCGCCAGACCUUCCGCGUCUUCUUUGGAACUGACGACCCCUUCAGUAGCUUUAUGGGCGGCAAUAUGUUUUCAACUGGCGAACGUAUGGAUGUUGAUAGCGAUUUCUUCGGUGGAAGCCCCUUUAAAGUGAGUCAUGGUUGUCUUCUCUGGCGUCCCGGAACGCAUAGGGGCCACUAUGCUCUCUAACAUAAACUCGGAACCAGAGCUUAAGUGACAGCUCCUGAUGCUGUUGUUUAGUUAUAGGCGUGCCGUUUGUGAGCUUUCUAAUUGCAGUUGUAGCUGUAGACAUGACGAAACAUAUUGUUCCAGACUUUGAAUAGUCGUAAGACGACCUUUCGGCGAGUCCUGCGUUUUUCCCACAGUCACAACUAAAUGUAUGGUUCCGGUUCCGCCUUACCCAGCCGCCUUCCUCAUCACCUCGUUGCGUCAUGAUAUUAUUCAUAGUAUGCUCCUAGCGGAGUUGCUUUAAGUUGCAAUUUUUGCUUUCAAUACGGACGUGUGCGCUACAGGUGCCGCUCUGAGUUCCACGACGACGAUUCUGAUAUAUCUUUACUCGACGGUCAUAGGUUUGAACAGUACAAGUCAACAAAGUGACUGUCUUUUGUUAUCCUGCUUCCAAGAACAGUCCUGCUUUGAUAUGUUGAUCUCCUAUAGAUGCCAUGGCCUGCGAUAUAUGCCAGUUUUCCUACUCUUCUACCUAUUCGUCAUCCUGUAGUUUGACUUGAAACUUGACCCUAGCCUAUUUAACCCCAACUGGAAGUCAGCCGUUCCCUCCUACGCGUUUCUUUGGAUUGUGCUGCCGUUACUACUUUCUGUUGUCCAGUUAACCAGCAAGUUGUAUUUCGUGACAUACCCAAUUACUGUCCGCGUAACUUCCUGCGCGUAAUUGAAAGCAUUGGGAUAAGUCUGCCAAACCGUUUAUAUGCUGCUGGUGUGGCCACUCCUGGUGCAUACAAAAACAGGCACGCCACAUCUGCAAGUAACCACCGCUUUCUCUUCAGCUCGUCAAAGUCCAAAGUGAUUCUCAAAAAUUGGCAUUUAGUGACCUUUUGUGACAACGUUUAUGACUGCUUCGACCACGUGCAUGCCAGGGGUCCACCGUUUUACGGACGACCGCUUCGCGUUGGUCAGAGACGGACUGCCGGGUAGAGCCAACUCUCUGGCCACUCCAGGCCUGAAGUUUGAAGACCCAGAGGGCGGGUAUGCGCUCGAUGCCAGCUCUCGCCGUGCCCAUUAACCUUUUCAGUCAGCGACCUUUGGCGCCGCCGCCGCCGCCGCCGCCGCCGCCGCCCAAUGCAGGUUAGGGACAAAACGUCAGACAAUUCAACUGUCGGAUCAUCACGGCCCACAAUCGAAUCCUCUCCUCUUCGUGAGCGACUGGUAGAAGUGACAGUAGAGGCAUUUAAGGAAUGGAACACAAAAACCAUCUAUCGAUUGCGCCUGGGCUAAUGGCAUCUUAUGAGCGUUCGGUCAAUGUCUCGUAAUCAUACGUAGGGGUUGUCUUGCUAUGGGCCUCUUAAACUUGCCUCAUGGUCUUCAGACCUAUUUUGUUCCUUCCACAUGUACCUAGCUGAUGUGGUCGUCUGUUUCACUCAUGCCUUGCUUUCGGAAGAAGAUCCCGAGUGACAGGAACUGUCCACUGGCAUAAGGGUUUCACCGUUCAUAGCCUCUGAGAUAUAUCUGGCCGGCAAACUUGAGGUGGUCAUUUUGUUUUUCAAGAAGUGAUUUCCACACUAUCUUCGCCGUCAUCGGGACUCAGCAUGCUGCGAUUCUGGCGAAAAGCUGUCCGCUACCUCAACAUCGCAAGCCUGGUUAAGGCCCGUUAUGCACGAAUCACGACCUAUUGAAGCACCCUGGUGGUUUGCCAGCGCGUCCAGGAACCCAGUACGUCACGUAAUAGAGCAGAGUUUCUAAGAAAACAGUGCACUGACGGACGCCAGAGGUGGCAUAAGGGAACUCAUUCUCCUCGGCAUUCACAUGGACUUUGGUCCCCGUUAUUUAGUCACAUCAAGUAAAGAUGAUGUCAUGCGUCAUGUAGAAUGAUCAGAUGCAGUGAUUAUCGAUGGACAAAGUCGAACGCAGGGGUAAGGGUUACAAGGCAGACGAGGAUGGACCAUUACUGGCAAUGAUGGCGUUCAGAGGUUCGGGAAUUAGAGUGCCAACCAUCGCGUUUCCCCCUGACUAGGAGCCGCACUAAUUAUCAACGCGACUCGAUUGCGGUUUUGGAAACCCCCAUACAAUCCCAAAAUUGUCAUCGUUAAACAGUCGGUGAAUUCAGAACAGUAUACACAUUUAGAAAGCGCUGUAGUUAUGAUCCGCGAUCUGCUAAAAAAUCAUCCCCCCUCAAGUCUUCUCUUCGUUAGGCGCAUCUUCGGCUGCCCUCUGACCUGAACUACAUUCGGUUUGCUAAACGUGCAAGGUGUAGAGAAAAUAUCUCGGUCGUAGAGGAUAUUUGUAGCAUCCGGUAUGGGUCGGAUCAAUUAACCCGACUAGCACAUGUCUGAAGACCUAGUCUUGGUGCCGCACAGCAUAUCCAAAGCAUGUCCUCUGGUUAUUUCUGUCUGCUUACCCUACACGUCCCUGACCUCCAUAGUAAAUGUACAUCUGAACUGCAGGUCAUGCUGAUCUGGACAUUCAGAAGCUCAAGGCUAGUGGAGUUUGUGGCUUCAUGUCCAAGGCUUGCUAGAGUCUCCUCCGAGCCACUUGCACAUAAAUAUGUGGAAACUUCGGACCCACUUGAAACUUUGGAAGGGUAUCCGUUUCAGUUGGUGUGCACCAACUGGACACGAUAAUUACUUCUGAAAUCUGUAGAACCUCAAUAGUUCUUGUCCACCUUAGUAUCUCUUAGCCGUUUUAUAUCCGAUCUGGCGUUCGACAAGGUUGUAUCCUGUCGCACGUUCUGUUCAAUUACGCCAUUGACUGGAUUCUCGGAAGGGCCCUACACGGCUUUAACAGUGUGGAGUUCGCACCCGGACGCCGACUGACUGAUCGAAACUACGCUGACAAUAUCACCUUGCUAGCCCCAAGGUUCGUUGAUCUACAGUCUGUGGUGUCACGAGUGAAUGAAGUCUCUUCUUCCUUCGGUCUAUCCAUAGACGCUGGGAAGACCACAUCGUUCUUGAGCUGCAUCAUUAACCAGGGAAAAGUUACUCCCGUAAUUAGUGGUUGUCACCCUGAAGAGGUAGACAGUUUCAAAUGCCUCGGAGCAAGAAUAGUCCUCGUGGGGUUUUCUCAAUCCUAGGGAAGUGUCUAUGAACCGGGCGCGACAUCCCCAUCGCUACGGAGAUCCGCGUGUACCGUUCAUCCGUCUGGUCAGUCCUUCUCUAGGGUUGUGAAUGCUGGACCUUGUGCUUGGAAGAUAAGCGAAGACUGGAGGUACUUAACCACCGUUGUUUGAGGGCCAUUCUUGGAAUGAAGUACACCGACUUCAUCUCAAAUGAGGCAGUCCGCACUCGCUGCGGCAUCAUCGCAAGGACAACUGAGGCCAUCCAAGGAAGGCGACUGAGGUGGUUUGGGCACGUUCUCUGUCGUCCGCCUCACGCGAUCCACUGUCGUCGCCCACCUGGGGGUGUUGAAGAGGGGGUUAAUUCGAAACCUGGCUCGACAUGGUUCUUCAAGACAUGGAAGUGGUUCUUUCGCCUUCGGUUUUUCGCUCUCCGUCGCUGAUGAGAAUGUGUCGAGUUGUCCAGAUCGGCUGCCGCAAGUCAUCACGCGUGGAGAGGUAAACCACCGAGAUUGGCUUGGUUAGACAUGAUCACAGCCGCACCAAGUUGUAAGUAGUGGCUUACAGAAUGUAGCGUCUCGGGCGAGGGACGUCCAUCCAACAGCGCCUACGAUACCGGUUUAUUCGUGCAGAAGUCACAACUCGUAAAUACCAUUUAUCAGUGACAAGAAGUCGGAAGUUGGAAAGCUCACGGGGUCGAAUUUUUAUCAUGAUGCCCGCAGGGUUUUUAAACGUUCGAAAAUGCCCACCGAGUCGCUGAGUUAUCUCUAUCGCUGUCAUUGACCACGUGUACCGGGCAUAGGUCCAGUCAGCCCUCCCACACGCUCGCCAUUGUCAGGUUGAGCUUGUGAAAGACAACCAGGAAUUGGCAUAAGCACAGCAAACAAGAAUCCGUUGUAGGGAUCUUCACGCUACCUUUUUUACUAACGGUCAUUUGCAACAGCAGAAUAACGCCGACCCUAGAGGUUAUCUCGACCUAAAUUUGUCGCAUCCUCACCAACCUAGGGGGAUAUGUAAUGGUUUCUUGGUCUUUUUCUUGCGGCUAUACCUAAAAUUACCUCCUGUUCUGUUUUUUUUACAGGGCAUAUUUAUGGACAGUGGCGCUAAACAGAGGCGAACACAAGAUCCGCCAAUCCAUCACGAUCUCAGUGUCUCCCUCGAGGACGUCCUCUACGGCACCACAAAGAAAAUUCGCGUUACUCGCAGGCGCCUGAACCCUGACGGUCGAACCACACGCGAAGAGGAGAAGGUUUUGGAGAUUGAAGUGCGUAAAGGAUGGAAGGCCGGCACCCGAAUCACCUUCCCUCGGGAGGGAGACGAGAAACCCAACAAUAUCCCCGCAGACAUUGUCUUCACAGUUAAAGAUCGUUCCCACAAGUGGUUUAAGCGUGAGGGUACCGAUGUUCGCUACGUCGCCAAGAUCGGUCUGCGCGAGGCCUUGUGCGGCACAACCAUCCAGGUUCCCACCAUAGACAAUCGCAGGCUACCCAUGGCUCUUAGGGACACUAUAGUCCGCCCCGGUACUACACGACGCAUAUCUGGCGAGGGUCUUCCUUAUCCAAAAGAACCCAACCGCCGUGGUGACCUUAUUGUGGAAUUUGAUGUCGUCUACCCGGACAGACUCAGCGCCUCCGACAGAGAGCGCUUGGCCGCCAUUCUUCCUGCCUACACCCCACCUCCACUCAUUUGA